AUGAAACAGACGCUACUCUUCGCAGUCUUUUCCCUGCCCUUCGUCUUCGGCAAGACCGCCGGUGAGCUAUGUCGCGGCACCGCUGCACUAUCCAAGGACGGUAACUGGUACUGCUCCGAAGUGUGGGCUAUCACAUACCGCAAUAUUAGCCAAGCUGGCACCUACAACCGGACGACACACAUCGAUCCUCGCACCGGACUCUGUGGCCACGAACGCAUCGACUACCCCGGAACAGGCCCGCUCACACCGCUGUUUGGAGAGGUCUCGAUGCAUUUGCGCGGGCCGAUGAACGUAUCUCAGCUCGCCGUAUAUCAGCUUCCAAGCGAGACGCAGACAAUGCAGAAGCGAGACACGGUGCCCUUCUACAAUCGCCAGAGUACAUUGAAGCAGCGGGACCGCUCUAACGACACAAACGUCUCCAGCGAACAACCCCAAUCUUUCAGCGCACAUGACGCUUCACUAUUGAAUCAGGGGACGGGGGAUACUAACACAAGCUGUAGCCGCUUGACGGUCACUUCGACCAUCACAGUGACGGAUUGCAAAACGUCCAGCACUACUAAGCCUUUACCAAAUACAAUGUCCAUCUGUCCUCCACUGACAUGUGUACCUACACCGGAGCCACUGACCACAAGUAACGACACAUCUUCUCCGAUAUCUUACUGCACUUGCACGAAUCCAGCAUCAGUCGUUCAGCCAUUCGAGCAGCAAGCUCAAGUUGUAGCUACAUCCGCGCCCAUACCGAAUUCAAACGUGCUCUUCAAGAGAGACGAUUUCCAUGCAGCAGCAGCUAGGUGGAGCCGGGUGGCAUAUUACACGUCCAGUGCAGCAGCUCAAGCAACCGGAUUCUCAUUCCUCGCCAACCUGGGCGACCCCCAAAAGUCGGGCACAUUCGACUACGCCUUUGGCAACUCCCUCGGGUACGUCACUCCAGACGGCGGCAGAGUAGCAUCAGAAAGCCUCCCCUUUGACGGCACUCUUGAAACCUCCGAGCGCGAGAUUGCAGUCUUCUCUGACAAAGAAUGUGAUCACGACUGUCCAUACUGGAGGCCAGACGCUAUAUCCCACUACGGCUGGUCCGGCUCCUCCAAAGCGUUCAUCAUAGAAUUUCAGAUGGACCACUACCAGAACCGCGGCACCGACCAAGGCCUCAUCUCCGACGCGCCGGCAUGGUGGUUCCUCAACGCUGCAAUUCCACGCAUUUUGCAAUAUGGAAAUGAUCGCAACAACAUACCCUGCUCAUGUUGGUCGACUGGCUGCGGUGAAUUCGACGCAUUCGAAGUGCUCGGUAAUGGGGAAGAAAGAGCGAAGAGCACGAUACACCGUCAGGGCAAUCUACAGGGCGGGGACUCGAACUACUUCAAAAGACCCGUAGGGGGGAAGAUGAAGUUUGCGGUGGUGUGGCACUACCCACAUAUCACUGCAUUGGUGCUAGACGAUGACUUUGAUUUUGGGACAGACUUGUCGAACGAACAAGUGCAACGGUUGGUGAGGUAUGAUGAGGACAGCUGGGUGCAUUCGUUGUUCGCUAUUGGGGAUUAAGCCGAGUCUUUGCAGCAUGGUUGAUUAUGUUCUGUACGUUGAAUGUGAUAGAAUAUAUCAAAGUACCAUGGCAAACUUGUGGUGCUUCGGGGU